AUGUUGUUGACAAGCCAGGAAGGCAGUGCCCUGUGUCAGUAGCAGUGCGGGCUGCAGCCUGGGGGGGGGGGAAGUCCGGGCGUGGGCGGUGUCUGUGGAAAGAGAAACCGUACACCAGCAAAGUCUUUUAGCUUAAUGGAGCACUGAUCCUUUGAACAACUCCCCCCCUUCCUCGUUCCCCCCCCGAUUCUGGCUGCCCACAGCUGUAUAAAAAGCACCGCCCUGUUCCCCCACUGACAUUAUCCUUGCAAGCGUCCGUCUUCAGGGUAAGUGGCAAUCCUUGGGAAGGGGCACAGUGCCAGUUGGUGCCAUAGGCUGGGCCCCCUUCUUUGGUCAUGGGAUGUGCAUGUGUGUGAGUGUGUGUUAGAGAGAUAUGGGGCAGUGCAGUUAUGGGAGUGCAAAGUCUGCUGACUAACGAAAAGAAUUUUGGGAGGCGAUGAAUCACUUGAAAACACCCAUCCAAUCCACCAUUGCAUUCAUGGAUUACAUGCAUGCAUUGAGGUGUGUUAGAAAAAUCUGCAAGCAGAGGAGGGUCGUCUGUUUGAGGUACAGUGGUACCUCGGGUUACAGAUGCUUCAGGUUAUAGACGCUUCAGGUUACAGACUCCGCUAACCCAGAAAUAGUACCUCGUGUUAAGCACUUUACUUCAGGAUGAGAACAGAAAUCGCACGGUGGCAGCGGGAGGCCCCAUUAGCUAAAGUGGUACCUCAGGUUAAGAACAGUUUCAGGUUAAGAACAGACCUCCUGAAUGAAUUAAGUUCUUAACCCGAUGUACCACUGUACUGGUGAGAUUCUGAGAUAAGCUCAGAGGUUUAAGAAGUUCUGGGCUCCUCUCCUCCAGAAAAUAAAAUAAAAUAUUGCAGAAUGGGUAAAGUUUCAGAAAUGGACAACCACAAAUAAUCAAGGGGGUUGGAGCGAGGCCCCACCCCAUGAGGAAAUAUUUUUAGAAGACAUCUGAAGGCAGCCCUGUUUAGGGAAGCUUUUAAUGUUUGAUGUAUUACGGUAUUUUAAUAUUUUGUUGGAAGCCGCCCAGAGUGGCUGGGGAAGCACAGCCAGAUGGGCGGGGUAUAAAUUAUUAUUAUUAUUAUUAUUAUUAUUAUUAUUAUUAUUAUUUCAGCCUCUGGGACGUUUUAGCUUAGAGAAAUGACGAGUAAGAGGUGGCGCGAGAGAAGUUUAUACAAUGAUGCACGAGGACAGAGAAAAAGCGUUUCCCCAUCUCUCAUAACACCAGAGUUUGAAGUGGAGUUGAAUGUGGGAAGGGCCAGGGCAGAAUGACUUUUUCAUGAAGUGCAGAGUUAAACUGUGGAACUCCCCGCAGGAGGCAGUGGCCGAUAGCGACCGACUUGGGAGGCUUCAAGAAAAAGGAUUAGAGAAAUUUUCAUGGAGGAGGAGGAUAUGGCUAUCGAUGGCUACUAGCCAUGAUGGUUUGACUCUGCCUUCACAGGCAGCAGUGUUUCUGAACGCCAGUUACUGGAACCUGCAGCAGGGGCGAGGACCACUGUGAGAACAGGGUUCUGGAUUGUAUGAGCCAGUGGUCUGAUCCCAUAGGACUCCUCCUCUGCUCUUACGUUUAAGAAACAAGUGGGCAAUGCGAUCCUAAGCACUUUGACUUGAGAGCCAGUGAACUUUGGGAGAUACAUACACUAAGUAAAUAUGUUAAUGACUGCACUGUCUGUCUCUGCCCAUUCAGCUAUCUCCCUAUAUGUUCCGUAUUUUUCACUCUAUAGGACGCACCGGACCAUAGGACGCACUGGACCAUAGGAGGGGAAGAACAGGGAAAAAAAUUCUCCCACUCUCUGCUCAGUGCCCCUUCAGCGAAGCGGCAUGAGAAACGGAGCCCCUUCCAUUUCUCCUCCCGUUUCACUGAAGGGGCGCUGGGCAGAGAGGGGAAACUGUGCAGCACCUCUCCAGUGAAGCGAAGCCUGGAGAGCAAGAGGGAUCGGUGUGCACCGACCCCUCUCGCUCUCCAGGCUUCAGGCGGCUAUCCGCAAGCCUUCAGAGCGCAGCGGGAACUCCUGCUGCGCUCUGAAGGCUUGCGGAUAGCUGCCUGAAUCCCUCGGAGCACAGCGGGAGUUCCCGCGAAAGCAACGCGAAGCCUCCGGAGCGCGGGGGGAGCUCUCUCUCUGCACUUCGGAGGCUUCGCGUUGCUAUUGCUGAAGCCAAGGAGCCUGCAUUCGCUCCAUAGGACGCGCACACAUUUCCCCUUAAUUUUUGGAGGGGAAAAAGUGCGUCUUAUAGAGCAAAAAAUAUGGUAUUUAUUCUCUUGUAAUAAUACUGUAUUAUAUGAAGGGCACUUCCAGACAGAUGCUGUUUUCUAAUGAGAUCCAAUCAUGUCCUGGCAAAUCUGGGUUGGGCAAUUAAAAUCAAUUGGGAGGUCUUGCAUAAACCCACUUUCCCCCACCCCACCCUGGACUUUUUGCAGGAAGGAAAGUGAUGGGGAAAAGCACCAGAGAGAGAGCGUUGGGUCGCAGUUGAUUGACACGACGUCGUCUAACGAAUCAGAACGAAAUGCUCAAUAAAUAGCAGAGGGCAUCUAACCUCCCAGCAAACAAAUCAGGAUGAGUGCUGGAUAAACCAGUCACGUGGAAGUGACAUAACACACCAGAAUCCAAAAUAGCCCACAAGAUGUGCUUCAUAGCCACUAGCUUAGAUAGAAUCACAGACGUGUGUCUGUAAGGCAUACCCACAUUUCCUGUUGUCCCGCUGCUUCCUGCCCUGGGAAAACUGCUCUUUAAUGCUCAAUCAGAACAAACGGCUGUUAUAAGAAUUUGGGCUGGCUUUUGAAGUCCACCUCCCUAUUGAGGGACUCAAGAUCCCUUGAGGUCUGCUGUUGGUCAGAGAUACAACAGAGGUGACCAUUCGGGUUUCCCCUGGAUUGCCAUUUGUUCUGAUCUGGCUCUAAAGAGUGGGUUUUUCCUUGGAAAAGAGCAGGGCAAGGGGAAAACAGCUUGGACCUGUCCUUUAUUGAGCAUGACAGAAGCAGAAGUGUGGAUGAACCCUCGAUCGAUCAAUCAAUCAAUCAAUCAAUCAAUCAAUCAAUCUCUUUCUAUCAUCUAUCAUCUAUCAUCUAUCAUCUAUCAUCUCUCUAUCUCUAUCUCUAUCUAUCUAUCUAUUUCAUCUAUCUCUAUCAUCUCUCUAUAUCUAUCUAUCAUCUAUCAUCUAUCUAUCUAUCAUCUAUCUAUCUAUCUAUCUAUCUAUCUAUCUAUCUAUCUAUCUAUCAUCUAUCUAUCUAUCAUCUAUCUAUCUAUCAUCUAGUGUCCAGAUGUUGCGCGGACCCCCCUGGUUGAAAUUAUCAAUUUGUCCCUUGACACGGGGACAUUCCCAGGGGAACUGAAGGAAGCAGUAGUGUGUCCACUCUUAAAGAAAACUUCAUCAGAUCCCUUAGACUUAUCCAAUUACCGCCCAGUUUCAAAUCUUCCAUAUCUGGGUAUGGUAAUUGAGAGAGCGGUUGCUGAACAGCUUGGUAGGUUUCUGGAGGAAACAUCGGCUUUAGAUCCAUUUCAGUCCAGUUUCCGUCCUGGUUUUGGGACCGAGACGGCUCUGGUUGCCCUCACAGAUGAUCUCCGUAGACAACUGGAUCGAGGCGGGUCAGGACUGCUGAUCCUUUUAGAUUUGUCAGCAGCCUUUGACAUGGUCGAUCAUGAUCUUCUGGACCACCGCCUUGCAGACGUGGGGAUACAGGGCAUAGCCCGUAACUGGCUGUGCUCUUUUAUCUCUGGUUGGGGACAGAGGGUGGCACUAGGGAGGGAAAUGUCCUCGCGCCAUUCCUUGGUGUGUGGAGUGCCGCAGGGCGCAAUUCUCUCCCCGAUGCUUUUUAACAUCUUUAUGCGCCCCCUUGCCCAGAUUAUCCGGAGCUUUGGACUGGGCUGUCACCAAUAUGCUGAUGACACUCAGCUCUAUCUGCUGAUGGAUGGCCACACCGACUCGGCCCCGAACACACUGACCAGAUGCUUGGAAGCUGUGGCUGGAUGGUUUCGUGGGAGCCGACUGAAACUAAAUCCUUCGAAGACAGAGGUCCUAUGGCUAGGUCAGGAUGGCAUGGGGAUGAGGAACCAACUCCCUUCUCUUGCGGGGGCCCAAUUAGUGCCAUUGCCUUCUGUUAAGAGUUUGGGUGUAAUCCUUGACGCCUCCCGUUCCAUGGAGGCGAACGUUACAGCAACAGCCCAGGCGACAUUCUGCCACCCUCGCCGCCUCAAGCAGGUCGUCCCUUACCUUGCCCGCCCCACCUGGCCACAGUGAUCCAUGCGACGGUCAUCUCCAGGCUUGACUACUGUAAUUCGCUCUACGUGGGGCUGCCCUUGAAGCUGACCCAGAAACUCCAGAGGGUGCCGAAUGCUGCAGCGAGGCUCCUCACGGGGUCUCUGCCACGGGAGCAUAUUCACCCAGUGCUUUUCAAACUGCACUGGCUCCCGGUAGAGUACAGGGUCAGAUUUAAGGUGCUGCUUUUGACCUUUUAAACUCUUCACGGCCUAGGACCCUCGUACCUACGGGACCGCCUCUCCCGGUAUGCCCCACAGAGAGCCUCAAGGUCCAUAAAUAGCAACACCCUAGAGGUCCUGGGCCCUAAGGAAGUUAGAUUGGCUUCAACCAGAGCCAGGGCCUUUUCAACACUGGCUCCGGCCUGGUGGAACGCUCUGCCUCAUGAGACCAGGGCCCUGCAGGAUCUGAUUUCUUCCGCAGGGCCUGUAAGACAGAGUUGUUCCGCCUGGCCUUUGGCUUGGAGCCAAUUUGAUUACCUCCCUCCCUUUCUUUCUUUUUCCUUUCCUUCUCCUCCUGCGAUGAGGCUACAUUUUAAUAUUUUAAUGUUUCCAUAUUUUAAUGUUGUAUUUUAAUUUCGUUUUUAAGUUGUAAUCAUUCAAUUUGUUUUUAUUAUUGCUCAUAAGCCGCUCUGAGCCCGGCCUUGGCUGGGGAGGGCGGGGUAUAAAUAAAAAUAAUUAUUAUUAUUAUUAUUAUUAUUAUUAUUAUUAUUAUUAUUAUCAAUCAUCUAUCUAUCUAUCUAUCUAUCUAUCUAUCUAUCAUCUAUCUAUCUAUCUAUCUAUCUAUCUAUCUAUCAUCUAAUCUAUCUAUCAUCUAUCAUCAUCUCUAUCUAUCAUCUACAGUAUCUAUCUAUCUCUAUCGUUGUGGCACACAGGACUAAAACAUUGCCAGCAAAACAGAGCCUCCAAAUUCAGGGUCAGUGUAUCCUGAAAACGGACACGGAGCAAUGGAUCCAAACUACAAGAAAGAAGAUUCCACCUAAACAUUAGGAAGAACUUCCUGACAGUAAGAGCUGUUUGACAGUGGAAUUUGCUGCCAAGGAGUGUGGUGGAGUCUCCUUCUUUGGAGGUCUUUAAGCAGAGGCUUGACAACCAUAUGUCAGGAGUGCUCUGAUGGUGUUUCCUGCUUGGCAGGGGGUUGGACUCGAUGGCCCUUGUGGUCUCUUCCAACUCUAUGAUUCUAUGAUUCUAUGAAAACCAGGUGCUAAAGACAAAUUGCAAAAAACAACAACGUGGAAUGUUGCCUCCAUGCCUUGCUGGUGGGUUUCUGGGAGAUUCCUGGGUCUCUCGCUGAGGAGGGCUUUUCUUACAUUUUAAAGGGUGCUAUUAAUUCUCAGUCCAGCCAGCUAACCGGCGUAAGGACCAGCCAGAUUGGACGUUGGUCACCUAUUUUGGAGCUAAUUGCCUUUUAAGACAAUUAGCUGGUGUGGUAUGGGGAGCCAGAUCGCAGGGCUGUGGGACGGAGGGGAAAGUGUCUCCCCUGACCCCAAAGUCGCGUUUAGAAGUGCUUUAGUUGCCCCAGGAGGAAAGUGGUGUGAUCCUAUCCAUGCUUUCGCCCUGAAUUCAGCAGGACUGGCUUGCAAGAGGGCAUUCAUAGGAUCUGGCCCACACGUCCAUGCAACUGAAUUCACUUCCUCAUAUUUACCCAAAAGUAAGCCUCAUUGAGUUGGAGGAGGCUUAUUCCCAAGUCAGCGUGCAGCACAAUGCAAUUGAUUAAUCUAUGGAUGGAAAGAUACAACUCUGAUGUGCGCAUUGUUAUUUCUUACUGUUAAUUCUUUUUAGUGGUGUUAUUAGUUCCUAAUUUCCACAGAGGGAGGUGAGCUCCUUGCCCUCUUAACAACCAGUUCCCUUCUCCUUGGGACUUGACCACUUUCUAAUAUUUUGGGGAUACAAUGUCCUGCAGAAAUGUACUAGGAUCAACCCACAGUCAGAGUUGAUGGGGAGAAAUGUGAUUCAGCUCACAUUUAAAAAUGAAUCUCCCUAGUUUCCACAUCCCAAAAUGAUUCACAAAUGGAAACACAGCCAUUUUAGGAAAUCUGUGCUUCUCUGAAUUUUGCAAUCCAGUUUCUUUAGCGGAGUAACAUGUACAGACUGGCGUUAAAGUGUGUGUAGAAAUGGAUCUCUUAAUGAAACCAACCCGCCACAAAUGCACUCUACUGGGAAACGUUGCAAAUAGGUGCAUAAGAAGAUUGCGAACAUCAGGAGAAGUUUGAGUGAAUAUGCUAAUAGGUUUUCACGAGAAGAAAAGAAAGGUCAUAGAAUCAUAGAAUCAUAGAAUCAUAGAGUUGGAAGAGACCACAAGGGCCAUCGAGUCCAACCCCCUGCCAAGCAGGAAACACCAUCAGAGCACUCCUGACAUAUGGUUGUCAAGCCUCUGCUUAAAGACCUCCAAAGAAGGGGACUCCACCACAGGUCGAGGGCUUGUGAGAGUUGGUUGAUGCAGAUAUGCUGAAGGAGGAUGGGAGAAUGCCAGAAUGGCCAGUUCUAGUGCUUUAUUAAAGGAAAGUGUAAGCUUACAACAAGCCCUGCAGAACCUCACUGCUAUUAUGUUAAGCAUUACUUAUGCACAAAGCAAACUACGUAAACAGGCACCAAUAAUCCAGUUAACUCACCCCUGGCUUAGAGGCCCCCUUCCAUCUCUCAGAUAAGGUAGUACUUUAUCUCUCAUCCAUCUCUCAGAUAAGGUAGAAGCUUUCAUCCAUCUCUCAGAUAAGGUAGAAGCUUAUCUCUCAUCCAUCUCAGGCUGGCAGGCAAUCAGUGUGAGAGGUCUCCCUUCUCCCAACUUGCUAAGCACCCCAAGCAAGCCAACUAAUACUGUAUAUGCCCAAGCACGUGAAUAAGCCGAUUUGAUCUUGUUCUUUUUUUAAAAAAAAAUUUUAUUAACAAUUUCAACAUAACAAUAUAUCAAAACAUAUCAUAUUCAUUAUUUUCCCCCUUUUCCCAUUCCCCAUCAAACCCUCUCCCCCCCGAGACUUCCCUCAGUUCCUCUCUCUGAUUUCUCAGCAUAUUAUAAAAUUAUUUCAAUCCUUAUAUUAUCUAUCUACCAUGUUAUCAAUCACUAAAUUUGUGUGUGUUUAUUCAAAACCUGCCAAGGAGUCACAAUUCAUUUUGUUGUCUUUUUAAAUACUUUGUAAAAAGUUCCCAUUCUUCUUUGAAGUCACCGUUGUCCUUACCUCGCAGUUUGUAUGUCAGUCUAGCCAAUUCUGCAUAGUUCAUCAGUUUCUCUUGCCACUGUUCCUUUGUCGGGGUUUCCUCAUUCUUCCAUCCUUGUGCUCUUGCCGCUGUUGUAGCAUACAUGAAUAAAUUCUUUGUUUUCCUUGGCAGGUCUUGUCCUACAACCCCUAACAAAAAUGCUUCUGUUUUUUUUACAAAUGUUAUUUUAAACAUUUUCUUCAAUUCAUUAUCUAUCAUUUCCCAAAAAUUUUUAACUUCUCUGCAUUCCCACCACAUACGAUGUGAUCUUGUUCUUGCAGCAAGUGACAAUUGGUCCUGGGGUUAUCUUGGCUAGCAAGGUGGUGUUUACAGGCCUUCUGGAACGUUUUCGCCUUUGCCUCUAGGCAGUAUCGCAAACUGGUAGCUCAGCUGGUUGGAUCAUGGUGCUGAUAACGCCAAGGUUGCAGGUUUGAUCCCUGUAUGGGACAGCGGGACAUGUUUCCUGCACGGCAGGGGGUUGGAUGACAUGGUUCUCAAGAUGCUUUUCAACUCUACCGUUCUGUGAUUCUAUGAAAAGCCGAAAGACCAGCCCAUGGUGCAUUCGUUUGGCAAAGCAACAAGUGACGUUGGUCUCUCUCGUUGACUUGUUGUCGAUUGAUGGUGAUGUUUUAACUAGCCAGAGCUAUGAUUCGAUUCAUUUAAAAUAUUGCUAUGGAAAGACCCUGACAGUUAAAAAAAUAAAAAGACAUAGCAAUAAAAAAACAGCAGAACAACAGAAAAAUUACUACUACUACUACUACUACUACUAAUAAUUUAUUAUUUAUAUCCCGCCCAUCUGGCUGGGCUUCCCCAGCCACGCUGGGCGGCUUCCCAAAAAAUAUUGAAAUACUGCAAUACAUCAAACACCAAAAGCUUCCCUAAACAGGGCUGCCUUCAGAUGUCUUCUAAAAGUCUGGUAGUUGUUGUUCUCUUUGACAUCUAAUGGGAGGGCGUUCCACAGGGAGGGCGCCACUACUGAGAAGGCCCUCUGCCUGGUUCCCUGUAACUUGGCUUCUCGCAGUGAGGGAACCACCAGAAGGCCUUCAGUGGUGGACCUCAGCGUCUGGGCAGAAUGAUGGGGGUGGAGACACUCCUUCAGGUAUACUGGACCGAGGCCGUUUAGGGCUUUAAAGGUCAGCACCAACACUUUGAAUUGUGCUCAGAAACGUACUGGGAGCCAAUGUAGGUCUUUCAAGACCGGUGUUAUAUGGUCUCUUAGUUCUUCUUAUGUCCUUUGCUGCUUUGUUGCUGCUUUCCUCCUGCUCUUCGCCUGUUGAUUUCCUCCUGACUGCCUCACCUUGCCUCUUUCCCCUGUUCACAGAGCCCGUCUUACACAGCCCGUUGCUACAAACACACUCUCCAUCCGUCGAGCCACAGCCUCAGCGAGGAAGGAAGGAACUCACCACUCCUCAGUCCUGAGAUGGCCAGCAGCGAAUGGACAGAGCUGGAGGCAGCCAUCGAGAAGAUCGUGAACAUCUUCUUCACGCAUGCGGGCCGUGAGGGCAAGAAGGGGACUCUGACAGCUGGGGAGUUCAAGGAACUUGUUCAUGAGCAGCUCCCGAAUCUCAUGAAGGUAGGGGGGGCAACACAUAUUAUAGGGUGCAAGACCAGGAGGAUGGGGGAGACUUUUAUUUUAAAAUCAGGAUAAGCAGGGCUAGGCCGAAAGCAUUUUGCUGAAGGACAAGUUGGAGACCCACUGCCUCUCAUUUGAAUGUCCCAGAAGCUCUGCAGGGAAAAGUUUUCUGCCUGAGAGCCACAUUCCCUUCUGAGCAGCCUUCCAGGGCCGUGUUGCAGUGUUGGGCAGGGACCAGAGGCAACAGUGAGUGGAGUAACGAGUGCGGAUUUUACCUUUGCCGAGUAAACUGGUUCCCACACACUCACUUGCACCUCCCUUCAUGAAUCCUUCAUCCAAGCAAGCAAGAGGCAUUAUUAGAGCUGGGAUGGUGUCCUGUGCAGGUCAGCAAUAAAUCACACGGCGUCAGUGAAGUUAGGGAAACAAGAUCUGCUCAGGAGGCCAGGCCUAGCGAGCACAGCAACUCAUCCUGGUAGACCUUGCCCCCUAUGAGGCAGCUGAGGGUUGCCCACAGUUGCCUAAGUCUGCUUCUCCCCAGUUCCUUCCCAAGCAAUCUGAGACUCAGUCGACGUGCCUGUCUUUGUUACUCCCUCUUCACACCUCUCCUGGUCCUGGGAGACCAGCAGGGAGGGAAGCUGGACACAGCAGGAGGGGAGUCUCCCUGGCUUCUUCAGCAGCCUGCCUCAUCUCGGCCUCUUGGCCCCCUCCUUUCCAGCCUCUGCUUCUGCCUCUGAUUCUGAACUGCUCUCUGCCACAGCCUCUUCCUGCUCACUACGGCGGUUCAUAAGAAACUUUUUUGUUGUUGUAAAUGCCUGCUCCAAAGGUCUUAUCUUACUAUCUUAGGGAUUAUACAGCUAUAUCUGAAAUGUCAUGCAUAUCAGUUAAUAUCUUGACCCUCCUCCACGAAAUAGCUGUUUACUUGGCCGUUUUCCUAUGUCGUGAAGGGUGAAAUUUCAAUUCAGUGGAGCAGGGUCAAGAUAUUAACUGAUAUGCAUGAAAUUUCAGAUAUAGCUAUAUAAUCCCUAGUGUAGUAAGAUAAGACCAUUGGAGCAGGCAUUUACAAAAGAAAAGUUUUUUAUGAACCGCCCUACUGCUCACUAAGGGAUGCGGGUGGCGCUGUGGUCUAAACCACAGAGCCUAGGGCUUGCUGAUCAGAAGGUCGGCAGUUCGAAUCCCCAUGACGGGGUGAGCUCCUGUUGCUCGGUCCCUGCUCCUGCCAACCUAGCAGUUCGAAAGCACAUCAAAGUGCAAGUAGACAAAUAGGUACUGCUCCGGCGGUAAGGUAAACAGCGUUUCCGUGCACUGCUCUGGUUCACCAGAAGCAGCUUAGUCAUGCUGGCCACAUGACCCAGAAGCUGUACGCCAGCUCCCUUGGCCAGUUAAGCGAGAUGAGUGCCGCAACCCCAGAGUCGGUCAUGACUUGACCUAAUGGUCAGGGGUCCCUUUACCUUUACCUUUACUGCUCACUAAACCCUGUUGCAUGUUCUGCUUCCGACACAUCCUUCUCCUUCUGACCACCCACCACCAGUCCCCUGGCUCCGACCCAUCUUCCCUUGGGGGUUCCCCAGCUACUGCUUCCCACCUCUCCUCUGCAUCCAGCUAGUCUCCAACAGCUGAGAGAGAACCCUGCCUCAAACCCUAGAGAGCAGUUGCCAGUCAGUGUUGGAAAUACUGUGCCAGACGAACCAAUGGUUUGACUCUGACAAGAGUGGAGGGAUUCACUCGUGUGCUACAUUCCAGAAGGUAAGGUGAAGGAUUGCAAAAGUUUUGAGUAGCUGGCAGCUGCUGCAGUCGCAAUGUCUAAGGACAGGGGAGGUAUUGUAUUUGAUUCAUGUCGCAGUUGGAGGAGAACCUAAGUCGUGCUUUCGGAAUCAAUGACUUAAAUGCAGCCUGCCUUCAAAAUUCACCCUUCUCUGAAUCUUGCAAUGCAUUCUCUAGCACAGCCUUUUACACCAAGAUGUGUAUGAAUGCAUCUCUUAGUGAAAAUAAGAUAGAAAAAUGCAUUGUAUUCAGGAAAAUUGCUUUGCAAAGAUUUUUGUGUGUGUGUGUGUUAGGUAAAAUUGCAUAGAAAAAUGUGUGCUCUGCAAAACUAUUAGGCAACGUUGCGUAUACGCAUGUGUCCAUUUUGAGAAAUGUGCAUUAAAACGCUGAUGGAUUUUCAUGAGGCCUUGAUUCGUGUCCCUUUUAAAAGUGAGCCUACUUGACAGUUGCCAUUGUGCUCAGAGUAGACCCACUGGAAAUAAUGGACCUACGUUAGUCUAGUUCAUUAAAGUCAACGGGGGUCUAUUUCUGAGUGGGAUGAAGAUUGGGAGCAACCCCACUGAGCCUAAGUUAGUCACAUCCAUUGAUUUCAGUCGGUCUACUCUGAGUAAUGACUAAUGCUGGGCUCCACCUGUACUAGCUGUUCAAAGAACUGUGAUACCGCUUUAACAGCCAUGGCUGCCUCCAUAGGAUCCUGGGGGGAGUUGUUUAUUAAGGGUGAUGUUAGGAGACCCCACCCUGAGCUACGAUUCCCAGCACCCUUAAACUGUGGUUCCCAAGAUUCUUUGGAGGAAACUGCCUUGACUUUAAAAAGUGGUACAAAUGUGAUUUCAAUUGAUGGUUUGGAUAUGACCCCUGCUGCCUUUGAUUUUCUUUUCUUCUUCUUUUUAUAUAUAAAUUUUAUUAGUAUUUUCCACACAACAACAACAACAUGAAAAAUAUCAAAAAAUAACAGUACACAAAAACACUAAAACCGACAUUCAAAACAAACAAACAAAACAAAUCCAUAUCCUACAAGUUAAUAAUAUAAACACUAAAAAGAAAAACAAACAUUGACUUCCCUUUGUUUAUCUACAUUGAGCCAUGGGGUUAUGGUCCCGGCUGUGUAUACUAUACAUUUAAGGCACCCCCACAAAAUAAAAAAAGGAUCCUAGGAGCUGUAGUUUGUUAAAUUGAGAGAUUUUAGGAGACCUUAAGACAGCUACAAUUCCCAGUGCCUCUAACAAACUGCUGUAUACUUCCCAGGAUUAUUUAAGGAGGGGGAAAGCCACGACUGCUAAAGUGGUAUAAAAAUGCUAUAGAUAUAUGGGGUUCUUAUUCCUACUCAGAGUAAACCCACUGAAAUUAAUCAACACGACUAACCUAGUCUACUCUGCCAAGAAAGAGCAUGUAGAAAACUAGUUCUUCAGGGAAUAAAUUGCAGCUAGACCACCUUCUACCUGACUUGCUAGAUUUCUGUGUGCAAGGAAUUCCUUUCCUCUCUCACUCUGUGUGCGUGUAGCUUUCAGACCACCCACUCACUUGUUGCUUGUGGGAAGUUGGACCAGACUCCGUGUCAUCCAUGGGGUGAUGCAAACAUGAGACACCUGCUGCCGCGAUGACCAGAUCUUGCAGGAGCAAAUUCCUGAAGUUAAUUAUGCAUAGUUAUGAAGAUGUAUUUCCUUUUGUUGGUUCUGAACCGAGGGCUGCCAAUCAAUUUUCUUGGAUGACUCUGAGCUCUAGGAGUAUGAUGAGAGAGAGAGAGAGAAUUCUCCUCAGACUGUCUUCUCCAUACCUUACAUAAUUUUUACAAGCGGGUUCGUGUGACAAAACGUCGCAGCGCCUUUGCUAUCCCUGACUUUUCCUUUUUAAAAAAAUAAUAAUACAUUUUUAUUAAUUUUAACAUACAAAUUAUAAAACGUACCACACAAAUUAUUACAAAUACACUUUUUUUGGACUUAACCUCUUUUUAUGCAUUACUUAAUUUUAUUUUGUCUUUACCUCUCUUAACUUAUCAUCUCUCCUUUUCCAUUUUUACAAUAUUUCCAACAGUACUCCUCACAGAACUUCUUGCAAACCUGCAAAUGUCAUCUGAUCAUCACAAAUACUUUUCAUAUAGUUCGUAAAUUUACUCCAGUCUUCGGUAAAAUUCUGGUCCCGCCGGUUUCGGAUCCUUCCUGUUAAUUCAUCUAAUUCCUGUUAAUUUGUCUAAUUAACAAAUUAACAAAUUAGACGUAUCCCUGACUUUUCCUUUCCUUUCCUCCUUUUCCGAAGGACGUUGGCGACCUCGACGAGAAGAUGAGGAGCUUGGAUGUCAACAACGACGAGGAGCUGAAAUUCGGAGAGUACUGGAGGCUGAUCGGGGAGCUGGCCAAGGAUAUCAAGAGGGAGAAAGUGGGGAGAAAGAAGUGAAAGUCGUGGCAUGGGUGGGUGGCCGUGGCUCGUGCGAGAGAGAGAGUUGGGUGGGUGGGACCAAGACACCUUGAUUCUGAGUCCUUGCAGGAGGAGGAAGAUAACAGGAAAUAUCAACCUGUCAGUCAGCAGGCUGCAGCAAUUCAAAUAAAAGCAUUUGCUCUGA